AUGCACUUCUUAAACAUGCUGUUCGGCGACGAUGCCAUCGGCGCUGCUGACGGUGCGAUCGAUCAACCGACCGUGAUGGAUUCUCGUGCAACACGCGGGCGACGCGGUUUUUUUUUCCCUCCAUCACGAUCGUGCCUGCAACGAGCAGAGUCGCUCAGUAACACACCCCUGCCCGGAAUGCACCAAUGGCAGCGCGGGUUCGCGGCGAAGGACAUCCGGUUCGGCGUGGAGGCGCGGGCCGCCAUGCUGCAAGGCGUGGAGCAACUCGCUGAUGCCGUGCGGGUUACCAUGGGACCCAAGGGGCGGCAAGUGGUGAUAGAGCAGUCGUACGGCUCACCCAAGAUCACCAAGGACGGGGUGACGGUGGCGAGGAGCAUCGAGUUCAAGGACAAGCUCAAGAACCUCGGCGCCAGCCUCGUCAAGCAGGUCGCGUCCACCACCAACGACACCGCGGGCGACGGCACCACGUGCGCGACGGUGCUCACGCGCUCCAUUCUGCUCGAGGGGUGCAAGUCCGUGGCCGCGGGCAUGAACGCCAUGGACUUGCGGAGAGGGAUCUCGCUAGCCGUGGAGCGCGUGAUUGAGCUGCUCAAGGAGCGAUCCCGACGCAUCAGCACUUCCGAGGAGAUCGCUCAGGUCGGCACCAUCUCGGCCAAUGGCGAGAGGGAGAUUGGAGAUUUGAUUGCGCGGGCCAUGGAGAAGGUCGGCAAGGAGGGCGUCAUCACUGUCGCGGAUGGCAAGACACUCUAUAACGAGUUGGAGGUGGUGGAGGGAAUGAAGUUCGACCGUGGCUACAUCUCGCCCUACUUUAUCACCAACCCCAAGACGCAGAAAUGCGAGCUAGAGAACCCCUUGGUGCUGGUGCAUGAGAAGAAGAUCGCGGGUCUCAGCUCCAUUCUGCCCGUCCUCGAAAUCGCCCUCAAGUACCAGCGCCCGCUGCUGAUCAUUGCAGAGGACGUGGAGAGCGAGGCAUUGGCGACGCUGGUGGUGAACAAGCUGCGGGCGGGGCUCAAGGUGUGUGCAGUGAAGGCGCCCGGGUUCGGCGAGAACAGGAAGAACAACAUGAUUGACAUCGCCACGCUCACCGGCUCGCAGCUGAUUAGCGAGGACCUGGGGUAUUCAUUGGAGAAGGUGGACGUGUCACACCUGGGGUCUGCCAAGAAGGUGACGAUAUCAAAGGACGACAGCAUUAUUCUGGAUGGAGCUGGCGACAAGAAGGCCCUGGAGGAGCGGUGCGAGCAGAUCCGAGAGGCAGUGGCCAACGCCACGUCAGACUAUGACAAGGAGAAGCUGCAGGAGCGCCUGGCGAAGCUGUCUGGCGGUGUGGCUGUGCUCAAGAUCGGCGGUGCGAGCGAGGUGGAGGUGGGGGAGAAGAAGGAUCGGGUGACGGACGCUCUGAACGCCACCAAGGCCGCCGUGGAGGAGGGCAUCGUGCCGGGCGGCGGUGUGGCUCUGCUCUACGCCUCCAGGGACCUUGACACCCUCACUGCGGAGAAUUUCGACCAGAAAGUGGGCAUCCAGAUCAUCAGAGACGCGCUCAGGACGCCAGCGCUGACCAUUGCGAACAACGCAGGGGUGGAGGGGGCGGUGAUCGUGGGCAAGCUGCUGGAGCAGACCAACCUCGACUGGGGCUACGAUGCUGCCAAGGGUGCUGUGGGCAAGGUCAUUCGCACGGCGCUGGUGGACGCUGCCAGUGUGCCGUCCCUCAUCACCACCACCGAGGCUGUUGUCAUCAGCGAGUACGUGGACAUGGUGAAGGCAGGUAUCAUCGAUCCGGUCAAGGUGAUCCGAGCUGGACUGACCCACCUCUUCCGAAUGUCCCUUUCUCUUGCCCUCCACCCCGCCCACACCCCCCCUCCCUUCACCACUCCCCCACCAGGCGAGUAUGUGGACAUGGUGAAGGCGGGCAUCAUUGAUCCUCUCAAGGUAAUCCGCACGGCGCUCGUGGAUGCGGCCAGUGUGGCGUCCCUCAUGACCACCACCGAGGCUGUUGUCGUUGACCUUCCGGAAGACCCCAAGCCCAGCCCCAUGGGUGGCAUGGGCGGCAUGGGUGGCAUGGGCGGCAUGGACUACUAG